UCCUCACUGCGGCCACCGAAGCUGCAGGCCGGGUCAAGGGACCAUAACGUCCCGUCCCCCAGGGUGGGUCCCUCGCGGGCCUCAAAGUCUGGGGUGGUGAAACCUCGCCAGCGAGGCCGCAGUGGGCUCAGGAGGAACCUGUGCAGUUGGGGCUGCUGUUCUGAGGUCAGGACGCUGGGAAACCACAGGAAGAGUGCUGCUGGACGUACAGAAGUUUUUUGAGAUCAGUGAUAGCCGCGCUGGUUUGCUUCAGACAGGCGAUCAUCCUGAUUUGUUGGAUCGAUUCGGCGAAUAAAGACUGGUUUGCUCAUUAAAGUGAUGUCCAUAGACGGCAAACGUUUCCCACGAAUGCAAUGAACGCCUCUGUGGCCCCAAGGGUUUAGAUGAAAAUAUCGUGUAAAAAAAUACAAUAACGAUGGAGAUCACAUCCUUAGCAAUUAUUUAAACUUAGGAUGAGAACGUUGUAAAUGUUGGCUGAAAACGCAUGAAGGGGUAUGUAGCCCUACAAACGUCUUUAAAAGGCACCGGAGGAAAAGAGUUAGCAGGCCACCGUGUACGUCCCAGGUCCGUUCUGACUGCUCUUGUCUCAGGGUGAGGCCGGUGCUGGUCUCCAGUCAUUUCUGUAGCCAAAGCGAGACCAUCUCAGCUCGAUACCCGCAACUUCUAGGUUAAACAGAUAACGGGAGGUGAGUCGAUAUUUGCCCCCCUGGUCCUCUCCCUGGUGAACAGGAUUAUUACUACAAAGCGGUGAUAAAUGAGAUGUCAUGGAAGGAGUUUGUGCAGGUGAGGGAGAGGGGCAGAGAGAGAGAGAGAAAGUACGUGCGUGUAUGUGUGUGAGUGUGUAGAGAGGAUGUGCGUGUGCCUGGGGGUGUGUGAAGGGAGGCCCAACUCUGCAGAAGCAGCCCAAAGGGUAUGUGGAGAAGGCAGUGGGGUUGAUGACCAGAUGACCAGGCUGUCUCUGGUGACCUCGGGUGAGUCUUCGCCUUUUUCUGGGUUGUUGUGAAAUGGCCUGAGACCCACCCUGUGUCUGCAGAAGGGAGGGAGCCCCUGACUCAGCCGUGGCUGAGCUGUAAGAGUGGGGCAGAGGGUGGGGGUUAGCAGUGGUCAGACCCCCUCCCCUUCCAAAGGGACAGACUGGCUGUUGGAGUUAGUUCGUUGAUUAAUAACAUUUAAUGAUGUGGCCUUUACCAUGUGCCCAACACUAUCGCAAGUGUUUUGUGAUAUUAACUCAUUUAAUCUUUACAACAAACCCACGAGGCAGGUAUUGUUAUUAUGCCCAUUUUAUGCAUGCCGAACCUGAGGCACAGAGAGGCUAUGGGGCUUGCUGAAGGUCACACAGCUGGGAUCAAAUCCAGGCAGCUUCCUGUGGAGUCCUUCUCUUAACCUGCUGCUCGUUAAUCGCUCCCAUUUGUCACAGAAGUCAUUGGAUGCUAUAGGAGCAAAGGAGUGUGUGUGUGUGUGUGUGUGUGUGUGUGUGUGUGUGUGUGAGUGUGCCUUCCUUUGGGGGCAAGGUUCUCCAUUUCAGGGCAUCUGUGGGUUUAAGGUGUUUAGAUCUUAUAAAGGAUCCCUGCCCCGAAUCUCAUAAAAGUAUUAGAACUUUUGGGGAAGUAUUUUUAUAACCUUUGGGUAGAGAAGAGAUGCAUUAAGGAGACAAGAAACACCACACCGGGAGUAUUGACACAUUUGAGGACACCAAGGUAAAGAAGGUAAACUCGACAUGAUUGAAACUACAAAUGCAGUUAGUAACAACAAUGGAUGACAUUUAUGAGGCAUUAACAUAAAGCUAGUCACUGCCUUUUUUAUAUGCUUAACUUCAUUGAAUCUUCUCGAUAACCUUCCAUAGGAAGCACAAUGCUAUCUCAUUAUAUAGUUGAUUCGAGGGGCACAGAAGAGUUAAGGAAUUUGCCCAAGGUCACACAGCUAAGCAGUCAUUGGGUCAGGAUGUGAGCCCAGAAUUUGCAUUUUAAAUCCUUAAACGUAAAAGCCUGGGAGAAAUUGUUUGCAAUUCCCACAAGGGCCCAAGAGAGACAUGGGCAGAAGGUGUGAGCACAGGAACUGACAUAAGGACAAUGCAGAUUAAAACAUCAGCGAGACACUGUCUGUGCCUCAACCAUUAAGAGGAACAAAGUGACUGAUCAUAUCAAGGGAGCUGAGAUACGCGCUUCUGCACGAGUGUAAACGGAUACAGCCUUUUUGGAGGCCUAUUUUGGAGGUAGCUAUUAAAACUCUAAAUGUCCCUGGCACCAAAGACCAUUCUCUGUGGAGUAUUAGGUCGAACCAUUUUAAAUUGCCUUAUUUUUUGUAGGUCAAAACUGGCCUAAUUUCUGCAACCGCGCACGGCUCCACCCAAUACCAGAGCGGGUGGGGCGGAGUGGGAGGGGCUGGGACGAGUCUGGACGCUCAUUAGGCUCAGGCAAUGUCGAUCAUGAGCGCUCAGCGAAUGCGGACCCAGGCGUGGGGCGGGGCCUCGGGCGGAGGCGGGUCCGGACGCCGCGCUCACCUGCGGCCGCGGACACGCCCCCCUCGGAGGGUGGAGACGGUUUCAGUCUUCAUAGGUUGCCUGCUGCUGUCUGCACCUGUGUUUGGCUACCUGGGCGACCGACACAGCCGCAAAGCUACGCUGAGCAUUGGGAUCCUGCUCUGGUCAGGGGCGGGCCUCUCCAGCUCCUUCAUUUCCCCCCAGUAUUCCUGGCUGUUCUUCCUGUCCCGGGGAGUCGUGGGCACCGGCUCGGCCAGCUACUCCACCGUCGCGCCCACCAUUCUGGGCGACCUCUUUGUGAGGGACCAGCGGACCCGGGUGCUGGCCAUCUUCUACAUCUUUAUCCCUGUCGGAAGUGGUCUGGGCUACAUGCUGGGCUCGGCCGUGUUGCAGCUGACCGGGAACUGGCGCUGGGCCCUCCGAGUCAUGCCCUGCCUGGAAGCUGUAGCCUUGGUCCUGCUUAUCGUGCUGGUUCCAGACCCUCCCCGGGGAGCUGCUGAGAAGCAGGAGGAGGUGGCCACGGGGGGCCCGAGGAGCAGCUGGUGGGAGGACGUCAGAUACCUGGGGAGGAACUGGAGCUUUGUGUGGUCCACCCUUGGGGUGACUGCCAUCGCCUUUGUGACUGGAGCUCUGGGCUUCUGGGCCCCCAAAUUUCUGUUCGAGGCCCGUGUGGUGCAUGGACUGCAGCACCCUUGCCUCCAGGAGCCGUGCAACAGCCAGGACAGCCUGAUUUUUGGGGCGCUGACUGUCGUGACUGGCAUCAUUGGAGUUGUCCUGGGAGCAGAGGCUUCCAGGAGGUACAAGAAAGUCAACCCUCGGGCCGAGCCCCUCCUCUGCGCCGGCAGCCUUCUGGUCGCAGCCCCCUGCCUCUACCUGGCUCUCAUCCUGGCCCCGACCACGUUCCUGGCCUCCUAUGUAAGUGCUCCUGGCCCUCGGGGAGCUGCUUCUGUCCUGCAACUGGGCGGUGGUUGCCGACAUCCUGCUGUCCGUGGUGGUGCCCAGGUGCCGGGGGACAGCAGAGGCUUUGCAGAUCACAGUGGGCCACAUCCUGGGGGACGCCAGCAGCCCUUACCUUACUGGACUGGUGUCCAGCACCCUGAGGGCCGGGCGCCCAGACUCCUACCUGCAGGCCUUCCUCAGCCUCCAGCAGAGUUUCCUGUGCUGUGCAUUUGUCGUUGCCCUGGGCGGGGGCUGCUUCCUGCUGACGGCGCUGCGCCUGGAGUGGGACCAGGCCCGGGCCCGGGCGCCUGGCACAGGGACCCCGGACAGCGAGGACACGGAGAGGCGAGCCCUGCUUUCUGGAGCGGGCACCGCCACAGAGGACCCCUGAGGCCCCCGCCCUCCUGCCCGCCUCCCUGCACCCCUCCCGCUGGCCGCCGCAGCAUCAGGGCCCUGUCCCCCUCUGGCUGUGGCUCAGGGCCCCCAGCCGAGCUGCACCUGUCAUCUCUUCCCUCCCAGCCAGAGAGCUGGCAGGGCCUGUGGCGGGAAUUGAGCUGUCAGCGCCUUCGGCGGGAGGCCUGGGCUUGCGCCCGCCCAGCCCCAGGUCCUCAGCCCGGUUGGUUGCCUGUGGGCCCCGAUUAAAAGUGGAUUUCAGGCCUUUAA